AUGCCGCCCCCUGACGCCAUGAGUCGCCCUGGAGAAGACUUCGAUGCCUUCUUCGACCUCAAGAAUGCGGCAGACCCUAAUGACACGUCUCUGCUGGACGUGAAGUACACUCAAGCACCUAUACUACCUAUCUCACCCCUAUCGGCGACCCAGAACGAAUUCAACUUCACCUACAACAACCCAUAUACAGCGCAGUCACUCACCGCCCCUCUCAUACACGACCUGCCCACACCCAGUCAGAGCUCAAGUUCGCCCGAAACGCGGUCGAGCACAGAUCUGAGGCUAAGCGGCGAAACCUUACGCGAUGACCCAGUACUUAUCGCCGCGCGGCCGCUGAAACGCAAACUAUCCCCAAAUGACAACACUGGCAUCGUACGACAGCGGGAGGCACCACCUCCGGUUGCCAAGAAGAGGCCACACAACAUAAUCGAGAAGCGUUAUCGAGCCAAUCUAAAUGAGAAAAUUGCAGAAUUGCGAGACAGCGUACCCAGCUUACGGAGCACGAAGAAGGCCAGAGGCAGCAAAGAUGCCUCAGCAGGCGAGAGCGAUGAUGAAGACCUCGACGGACUUACUCCAAGCAACAAGCUCAACAAAGCCUCUAUCCUCACCAAGGCAGUGGAGUACAUCCGACACCUUGAAUUCCGCACUAAGCGUCUCGAGGAUGAGAACCGAUCGCUGAAAGAGCGAUUGGAAACGCUCGACAAAGUCAUAGCGCAAGGCGGCCAUGAUUCUCAGCGAACGACAGCGUUCACUAGCGACUCAGUCAUCGAAGGUGGAGUCGUGGCGGAGACAUCCGGCGAUGAUGCCACCCCGGAAGAAGAGGAAACCAAGCCAUCUGCACCUGUGCAGGGUUUAAUCCCUAUUCCUGACUCCUGGCGCCGAAUGCGCGAAAACUCGUCACAGGAGCACUACGGGCACGUCUAUCACACAGGCGCGCGGAGGUCCAUGCUCAAGGGCAAAUGGCCGACUCGUGUGAUGCUAGGCUCUCUGGCUGGCCUGAUGGUCAUGGAGGGCUUCUCGGAAAGUGAGCAGGCCUCCGAGUCUGGCCAAAAGGGGCUCUUUGGCAUUCCGCUUGAACUUCUCGACGGCUGGGAAUUCCUUUCCUCGCCGCGGAUCUACCUGUCUGCCUUCGCCGAAUUCUGUCGUGCAGGUGGUGUAUUGCCACUUGUGAAAGGAUUCGUGGCUUUGACAAUUGUGGCUUUCCUCAUGUUUGCAUACUUGUUCAACUCCAAGCCACCACCCAAAGAUGAUGUCGAGCAUGAGGCAGUCUGCGCGGAUCAAGCUCCUGGUCCGGCGUCACCUAUCGAGGUCCGACGUACAGCAUGGAGUACGAGCAUGCAAGUCCUCCGGCUGCCUCAUCACAGCUUCUUCUCUGAAUGGGUUGCUGUUACGACUGCAUGGCUCAAUUACACCAUCAAGUAUGUUUUCGGCCUCAAGGUGUUCGCUGGGCCCAUGGAGGACGAUGCUGCUCGCAUAAAAGCGUGGGACAUCGCUAUCGACGCGCAGUUGGCCGGCGGUGACACAGAAGUGAGCAGAUCAAGAGUUGUUCUGACAAGCUUUGGCUCAGGCACGUUACCACAGACACCAGUCCGCAUGAUGCAGAAAGCUCUUCACUGUCGGCUGCUUCUCUGGAACGUUGGCGCGAAGUCAAGCUUCACCUUCCGAAUGUGGAAUGCUCUCGGGCGAUAUGUUGCCAACCGGGAAUGGCAGAUAGCUCGCCGUCUGCAAGAGCAAGCCAGCCCUCGCGAUGCUGAUCGGCUUCCAAGCAACUUGGCGGCCUUGCUUGCGAUGGAGUGCGAUGAGGUCAUGACAGACAUCGUCGUUCAGAGAGCUUAUAACCUCAUGUACGAUCGACCCACGUACGAGCAAUCUGAAGAUCGUCUCAUGGAUGUUGUCGUCGAAGAUCAUGGCAUCAGGUCUCCACUGGACGCGGUUAGUGCCUGGCGAUCCACCAUUGCUUUGAGAAGAGCUUUCGAGACUUCUAUGCAAUGUCCCGGAGAGUUGGACAUCCUACAAGAAGACCUGUCCCUUGCAUUGAGAAUCGCACCUCCUGGCUCGGCAGCUCAAGUGCGCGCGCUUGCCGGGCAGGCACUCUUCGGCGCUGCAAACAGAGGUGCCUUCCACCUCAGGGCGGCUGAGAUUGUAUCGACUCACAGCUCCGGGACCCAUUCACCAACAAGUCCGGGACAUCGCGGACCUUUCUUCAUCGACUCGUCGACACCGGCGUCAGCUCGACCUGAUGUCGACAAUGUCCUUCACUGCGCCAAAGCCCUCAUCAUUCUCGAUGGAGAGCAAGAUCCAGAGAAGGCGCGCGCCACUUUUGCCCAACAGUUCAUCCAGAACAGCACGCACACGACACUGCUGACUGAUGCUGCUGUCAAGCAUGUUCUGGCCAGGCUACCUGUGGACAUUGAGGCGAGCUCAAUAUCAUUGCAAGCAGAAUCUACCACACAUAGCUGUUCAAUGAGCCCGGUGAUGCUGGCUCAGCAGAGAGAAGACAGUCGAUGA